UCUAAAUCGAUUGGCGAUUCUUUGACGUUUUCAGUGUGAAUUCUGGUGCAUGAGUUUACCCUGUUGCACGAACGGGAGUUAUCAGACAAAGACGUUGUCAAGCUCGAAUAGCGUGGUCGUAUUUUGCCGGUUUGGUCAACAAUCAAAAUGUCGGGUCUCUCUCGAGGCCAGCGCCAACAAUGUUAUCUAUGUGAUUUGCCCAGGAUGCCCUGGGCGAUGCUGCACGACUUCUCGGAGCCUGUGUGCCGUGGUUGUGUGAACUACGAAGGGGCAGACCGCAUCGAACUGGUCAUUGAAACUGCUCGACAGAUGAAACGUGCCCAUGGUUUCCAGGACAGUAAGACGUUCAAAGGUCAACAGGGUUCGUUGACAUGUAGGAGCAACAGUAGUGAAGGUUCUGUAAUGUUUACUUCACCAAAUGGAACCACACGGGACAGGUUCACCACGCCCGAUAACCGAACAAAAGCCCUGUUGGACCACAGUAAUCAUCGGCUAUCUGGGCUUCAAAGAACAGAAGAUGUGACCUCUGAUCAUACAACCAUUGCCCGAAACCGCUGCAGCCCAAGCUUGGCAGGCAGGUCGUUGCCUGUGACACUGGCUCUUGCUCAUCCAUCUUUUCACGUUGCAGUUUCCCUUGCUGGCAGCCGAGCAAGAUCCAUUACAAACAAAAGACCAAGUGAAGAUGAUGACAGCUCUAGUGGGUCAGAGAAUGGCCAAAAACGGACACUUUUGGAUGACCAGGCGAUUCGACCUCAACUGAUCAGAGGCGAGAGCCUUCCUACUGCAGUUUUAGGUAUACCAUUCGAUCGUUUUAGGAAAGAGCACACACUAGUAGAGAGAGUUUGUUCCUUUGAUUCAGCUACAGCAACACAACUGAAAUCGAUUGGAGCUGUGCAUUCAACAGGAUUUUCAAGUAUCACAACUACACCCAGUUCCUCACUGAGUUCCGUAUCGUCGCUGAGUAAUCGCACAGUAUCUCCACCAGAGAGCUCUGUUCAGAACGGAAAUCAUUCCAUGACGUCGAUGCUGUCAGGCGUUGAUUGUUUACCUUCUGGUUCAACAAGGAGCACCGCCUCGGGAGGUGAAAUUCCUUCCCAGGUAAAUGGACCGCCCCGUCCUCCCUCGGCAACCAGGCAUUCUCCUGUUUCGGGAAAGAAAACACCCGUUAGAGGGCGUCAGAACUCUGGUAGCACUGCAUCCGAUACCGAAGCUAACAACAUUAGUAACACCACAGCUGCCACCAGCACAACAUCAACAACAACUACACCAACCUCAACACAAUCCGAAACCCAACAACCCACCCCUGCUUUAAAGUGUACGCUGUGCAAUGAACGUCUUGAAGACACCCACUUUGUACAAUGUCCAUCUGUGCAAAAUCAUAAGUUUUGCUUUCCAUGCUCUCGUGAAAGCAUUAAAAGUCAAAAUGGGGCUAAUGGGAAUGAAGUAUAUUGCCCAAGUGGUCACAAAUGCCCUCUGGUAGGAUCUAAUGUCCCUUGGGCUUUUAUGCAAGGAGAAAUAGCAACCAUUUUGGGAAAUGAACAUCACAGAAAAGUAAAGAAAGAACGCGAAGCAUAACUUUUGAGUGUGGCUCUUAUUUUCAUUGAAUAACGAGUAUUUGUGUUUUUUAGUGUAUACAUUUUCUGUUGUUAUAAGAGCAAAAGUGGCACCUUAUGAAAUAUCGCAAAAGUAAGGACGACGAGACAUUUACAAAAUUUAAUUUUUUUAAUAAAGUGGCUUUUACUGUGUGCAUGUUUUUUUAAAAGAUAUUUAUAUAUCUUGUAUCAAGUAAUCAUAUCUAUUUACCUUCUUAUAUGGUGAUGGUUUGUAAUUACAACUGCUUUCCUCAAAAAAGGUUUUAUUUGCUUAGAUACUAACUUGUUGUUUCUUGCCGCCAAUCCCCCAGUUUCUGUGUAGUAAACUUUCCCGAGGAAAUUUUUUCAGUGUAAUUGUGCUCGAAAUUUGUCUAGGACCUUCAUUAUUGAGGUUCCUUUUUCUGCAUUGUUUUUUUUUUUUUUAAGUGGUAUG